AUGCACGAACUCGACCCUGAGCCGCGUAAAUCCGAUUUCGGUGGUCGACCACGUGGUGACCCUGGCUUGUGGGCCAGUGCUGGGCAGGCAGCUGCAGCAGUGCCCGGUGUUCGCGACGUCAGCGCGGAGGACUUCAUCAAGGCCUACUCCAGCCACCUUAAGCGUUCGGGCAAGCUCGACAUCCCCACCUGGGUUGAUGUCGUCAAGACCGGCCCCCAGAAGGAGCUCGCCCCCUACGACCCCGACUGGUUCUACGUCCGUGCCGGUGAGUACGACGAAAGACAGCAGCAGGAAGGCAGGAAAUCGGAUUGGAAUGGCAGGAACUGGGACCGACAAAAGAUGGACCGAGAAUCGAUCGAAAGUUUUCAGCAACCCGACCGUCUCGACAGGGUACAUGAUGGGAGCGCGCAGGAUGAAGAGAAUGAGAGACGACGUGCGAGGGAUCUGGAUGACGACGAUGUAGAGGGUGGAGAGGAUUGUUGGAUUUGUUGGACUGCGACAGAAGUUUGGUCUGGCUGGGGCGGAACUAACCCUCCAGCGGCCGUUGCCCGUCACAUCUACCUCCGCAAGCACGUUGGUGUUGGUGCCCUCGCCAAGCUCCACGGCACCAAGCACCGCCGUGGUGUCAAGCCCGGCCACCACCGCGACUCGGCCACCGGUGUCGAGCGCAACGUCGUCCAGGCCCUCGAGAAGAUCGGUGUCCUCGAGGCCCACCCCGACGGUGGACGCAAGAUCUCGCAGGACGGUAUGCGUGACCUUGACCGUAUCGCCACCGCCGUCCUCGAGGCUCAGCGCGAGGAGGAGGAGGAGGAGUCCGAGGAGGAGUCUGAGGAGGAGGCCGAGGACGACGAGUAG